AACAGGUUUAGCCACUUCACUGCUAAAUACAUCCAUGAUACAAGGCCCAGCUGACACAGACGGAGCUUUAAACAUCAGAAACAACCGAAGGGACUGUUGUUAAUGCGGUAGCCGGAAGUCUUUCUCAUCCAGGGUUCAGAUUUUGAGAUCACACACAGGUCAGUCUGGAUGGGCCAGCUGCUCACAAUCGGGCCCAGUUCCUAACAUCCUUUGGGCCUGUACGUGUAACAUCUGUCAGCGAUGGCCAGUCACUUUCGUAGCUACAUCUGGGACCCGGUCCUCAUUGUGUGCCAGAUUGUGCUGAUGCAGUGCAUCUACUACAGCUUCUUGGGCCUGUGGUUGGCUGGAGUGGACAGCCUUGUGCAAAGUGGUCGUUCAUUGGACCAGAUCUUCAGCUAUGAAGUCCUUGGCUUUGCAACCAUGCAAGGCAGACUCUCAAUGAUGGCAUUCAUCUUAAAUUCUCUUACAUGUGCCCUUGGUCUGUGGUUCUUCAUCCGCCGAGGGAAGCAGUGCCUGGACUUCACUGUCACUGUUCACUUUUUCCAUAUGAUCGGCUGCUGGAUUUAUAACGCUCAUCUUCCAGCUGCCCUGUCCUGGUGGCUUGUCAAUGUAGCCUGCAUGGCGUUGAUGGCUGUAAUUGGCGAGUACUUGUGCAUGCGGACUGAGCUCAGGGCAAUUCCAGUCAAUACUGGGCCCAAAUCUAACCUGUGAAUUGUCUUUGACACCACACUGAAAGUUUGCGGAUGAUUGACCCUUGAGGAACUCACUGAGAAGGUUUUUCCACAGGAAAAACAAAGGAACGUGACCUUCCGUCAACAUACAUGUUGGACUGUCAUACAUCAUCUUAUCAAGUGAUUCACCAGAUGAACUCUAUUUAUUCAUAGCUGCCCAUUAAAUGUUGGACAGUAUUAACUCUGUAGCAUAUCAAGAUUCUUGUUUUAACGCUUUUGAAGGCAAGUGUCAGUUUACAGUCUUCUUUGAACCUAAUGAUUAUGGAUAUGAUAUUUGUCUUACUAAUUGAAUUUUUAUGUUGAAAUUCAGUACAUUCACGUGAACAUUGCAUUCCCUCAUUUUAGGAUAUUUUAAGGCAUCUUUUCAUUGCGUUGCUGUGUUGGCAAACAAACAAUGAACUGACAACACUGCAGUUUGGGGAUGUCAGUGUGCAAAAAUACAUUUCACAGCUUUGGUCUUUUGCUUCUAAAAGUUGAAAUUUGGGUAAAAAAUCUAUUGUUUUCUGCUUUCCAACUCAUUGUUGACGUUAAACUUGUACCCUCAGUCUUGCUAUAUGCCUUUCUAGUCAAGCUUGUACAGCAUAUUGCGCAGCUAGCGUUGUUUGGCUCUGUCUCUUUAUGUCCUGAUGUAUUGUGCAGUUUGGCCACUUCGGGGACAAUCUGUCAGCAACCAGCUGUGUUCUGACAGCAGGUUGUGUCUGUUUCAGAAAAUUGCUGUUUGAAAUGAUGCGACGUGAAAAGUCCUGAGAUGUGCUCCACUGAUGGUUUUCUGGAACACUGUCAGCUUCCGCAUUUAGUGAUGGAUUUAAAUCUCUUGUGUAAAUAAACUGCUUUUUAUCUUUAAAGUAUUGCAGCUCCUGUAACACGUAUACUUUCAUUCUGCGUGGAGAUCAAAACCUUUGCAGCUUUGAUGGUGUGAACUAUGCAGUGUCGUGUUUUGAGAUCAGGUUCCUCCAAUGUGAUAUAAGUGCAUAAUUAUGCUGCAGGAGAGGAUAUUUGCAGAAAUAGAAGGAUGUUUUGGGAAACGGCUUUAGUCACACGCCCUCUUGGUUAGAAUUAGAUGAGAAGAUCAGCUGUGAUGUGUCACUUUUAAACACAGGAUCCAAAAAGCCGUUGUAGCAAUUUAUUUGUUAUAGGCAAUGUUUGUUAGCUGGAAGGAUGAGCGGAUGGAUAACGUGAUGUUUUUUUUCUACACAUAACAGAAGUAACAAAUAUACAAAGGCAAAAUAAAUACAGUGACAGAUCAUGUCAAAAUGUCAGCAUCACUAAGUUGUUUUAUUAAUAAAGUAAAGUGGGCUGACAGUGGUUGAACUUACUUCAUUAAUGCACCCAUGCACGAUCUUGGCAUUUUUCCUCAUUCAGAACAACCAUGAGACAAUCAUCACUGGUGAGAUAUUGACAAAGUGAAAUAACAAAAGUAGGUUCAAAAGGCUAUUUAAAAAAAAAAAGAAAUUAAACUCCCAGUGGUUUUCUUUGUUCUUGGUGCAGAGGUUUUGAUGGAAAGGUGCGUUUCAGGCCAGAAAGGGAGGAGUUUUACAACCUCCUGGGUGUGUUGGAUGACCGGUUGUGCAGUACAGAGUUAGGAGUGGUGACUUCAGGUGAGGAGAGUUGUUCAAACUUGUGAUUAUAGCAUGAGCAGUAUCAGUUUGUUAAUGUAUUCUUGCAAAGAAAAUGAGGAUGAAUUUUUCCGAAGUUCAUAUAAUAUCCAAAGUCAUGGCUGCUCUUUAUGAGCCAGUGUUGUCAUUUAUAAUAUAGGCUGCUCUGAAAGAUUUCAAAUGCCACCUUUGUAUUCUGUAACAUAACUUUAUUAUGUAUUUAAAUACAAAGAACUGGAGAGAUGGACCUAUUCAUGUCAUUAAAUUCUCUGAUUUGUUUUUUUGGUGCAGAAGCGCCACCAA